AUGUCCACCACCAAGCAAGAAUCCGAGCUGGCAGUCACGCCCACCCGUCCAUCAUCGGAGGACGAGAAGAUCAGCGACGAUGCGACACCCAUCGCGGACAUCGAACAACAGCCUCCCAUCGCACCCCCAAAAACCCACAAGCCUCAAACCCCAACGCUCGCCGGCUGGCGACGCAACCUCAUCCUCACCUCCCUCUUCCUCGGCCUCUUCCUCAGCUUCCUCGACACCACCAUCGUCGCCGUCGCCCUUCCAACCAUAGCCACGCAAUUCGACGACUUCGACUCCUCAACAUGGGUCCUCACCGCCUACCUCCUCACCUACAUGGCCUUCGCAAUCAUCAUAUCCCGCUUCAGCGACAUCUUUGGCAAAAAGACAGUGGAAGUCGCGUCCUUUUCGCUGUUUUUGGCGUUCUCGUUGGCGUGCGGGUUGAGCAAGAAUAUGACGCAAUUGAUCAUCUUUCGGGCGCUGCAAGGGAUCGGAGGAAGUGGGCUAUACUCCAUGACGAUGAUUAUUGCGUUGACAAUUGUCGAGCCGUCUAAGAUGGGGAUGAUAGGAGCGACGGUUGGGAUGGUGCUGGUGACGUCUGGUGUUCUGGGCCCGAUAUUGUCCGGCGCGAUUGCGAACGAUCCGACGAGCGAUACAUGGAGGUGGAUAUUCUAUCUCAACCUUCCGGUCGGUGGGCUGGCGUUGGUGGCGCUGUUGGUGGCAUGGCCGAGAGAGAAGACUGAGGCGUUCUCAAAGGCUUCCUUCAGAAGGAUCGAUGUGCUCGGCUGUAUGUUGCUGCUGGCCGCAUCGGUCCUGCUGAUAUUUGCACUGGAGGAAGGCGGCGCUUUCGUCUAUGCUUGGAGCAGCCCGACCAUAAUCACAUGCCUGGUGGUCUCGGGCCUAGGGUUCGUGGCCUUCUUCGCAUGGCAGCAGUGUCUCGCGGCACAUCCACAAUGGACCGUGCAGCUUGUCUUUCCCAUGAGCGUGCUCCGCCAACGAGUCGUGGGAGCCGCUAUACUCAUCACUGUCUUCGCAGGCUUCAACUACUACAUCGCCAUCGUCAACCUCCCGCAGCGCUUCCAAAUAGUUGACGCCAACAGCCCAGUCGUCGCCGGCGUCAAACUGCUGCCAAUGAUGGUCUCCUCCGCCGUCGGCUCCCUCGUCGGUGGGGGUGUCAACACACGUCACAACCGGACGUCGUACGUCUUGGUAGCUUCAUCAGCCUUUCAGCUCUUGGGCUACGGCCUCAUGACAACGCUUGGUGAUGCCAGUCCAACGCCACAGAAGCAUUUUGGCUUCCAAGUGUUCCUUGGUUUCGGGUUCGGUUUGGCAAUGCCGGCCGUGACCAUCAUCGCGCAGACUCAGGUUGCACCACAAUGGAUCGCCGUCACGCAAGGCGCCCUCACGCAGAUGCGCUCGCUCGGCGGCAGCAUCGGCCUGGCAACAGGCGUGAUCGUCUUCAACAGCGGGAUCAGACACUCAGACGCGCUGGCAAAUGCUCUCAGUCCAGCUGACAUGUCCGCAUUGCUCAAAUCGCCGCUGCACAUUGCCUCGUUCGCGCCCGAGCAGCAAAUGCUUGUUGCCAAGGUCUUUGGCCAGGCCUUCACCGGACAGAUGAGGAUCACAACGUAUAUUUCUGCUGCAAGCUUGCUAGUGAGCCUGUUGACGCUGGAAAGGUACCCGGCUCCUUUGCAAAGGCCUCCACCCGUGGAGAGCGCUGAAGCAGCAUCCAAGGGAGGGUCCGAUGUAUGA